CGGUCAAGUUACAAAUCAGUUGUGUUAUUUCACCCGUUUGGUCUGCGGAGUAUCUAACUAGCUUUGACAACAACGGCAUAAAACUUAUUUCUGUUUUUAUUACCGCAAAGGUUUGGACAGCGAGAAUGGAUGAAAACCGGAGUUUGGUUGUUAUCUUAGCUGUAAUAUAUUCUAUCAUUAGUUGACAGCGGCAGGCAAACUAUACAAAUAUGUAGCUAACCUAACGUAGGUUAAGUAAGAUAGCGGUAGCUUACACUAAACUCGUACAAGUUUACCCAGCUAGCUGGUAACCAACAUAGCGACGUGCAUUUUUUGGAUCAGCAUAAUAUAAUUUAUAUCAUUUGCAAACCACUAACGUUGAUUAAUGUCUCUUGUCACUCACAAUCAGCGCCGGCUCGUAGAAAACUGGACACUUCAGCAGCCUCUUGUGAGGGAAGAGAAAGUCUGUUGGGUGCUGAUAACUGGGAGGCGUGCUUCCUAACUAGGUAGUUAGCAGCUACGGGCAACAUCUCAUCCAAACCAAAGAUGAUGUGUGGACGAGGAGACGUGAGACGCCUAGCCACCAAGAAAAUUAGAAGUUUUAGCUGACAUCUGCCCCGUCACAGUUUUGCUGACUGUGUAAGGUAGGUUAUGUGGCGGUAAGAGCGCAUGAAAAACACUUUGUUGUAUUCGUAAUUUGCUCACAUGCAAAUUUACGAUAAUCACUUGAUAUUUUUCUGCUUAAUAAACAAACCCAUGAGCAUCUCACCUAAAACCGAGGUGGCAGCAACCACAUUAUGUGUAAAUCAGUGCUGAAAAACGUUUUUAGUGCAACUUUAGUGCGCAGCUAUUACGUACUUGGCGGUAAAAUGAACAGUGUACUCAGUACAGUCUGUGGUUCAAAGCAGUGACUUUGUAUAUAGACAUACAGACGGGUGAGGAGACCCUGACUAAACGAGUAGAGAAACAGAACGAAUGCAGUGCCUCCAGGCAGACGAACUGUACUGCAUGAUACAGUUAUUGCACUCGACAUCUUACCAUGCUCUGUGACCUGAAUAAAAUGCUAGACAGGAACAGGUGACCUUAAUUUUGGAUUAGCAUGGCAAGAGGAGCAUUUAAGUGCUUUUGAAAGAAAGUUCAUUUAUUGGCACGGAUGGCAGAAGUUCCAGUCACAGAGAUUCAUUAACUGGCUUGAAUUUCCAUAGGAACAAUUACCAAAAUGCCAUCUGCAUUUAGAUCUAUGGGAAAGACAUCAGUGAACAGGGAUGGAAACUGUGGUCACACGCUCACAUUCUGUCACUGUGAUGCUUGUGCGUUAGUGUGAUGUGUAAGAGACUGAAGAGCAGCUGUUUCUCUGGUGACUAAGAAUGUCAAUGACGUGACCAGACUGUGUCAGGAUGAAUAGAAGUACACAGAGAGGGUUAUUAUAGCAGGGUUGUGAUGAAUGAACCCCUCAUUACAAAGACAAAAUAUGCAUUUUAGAGUUCAAUCAUGCAAAAACCAUCAGCACUCGUUUAAAGAAAUGCGUAAAAAAGGGAUACGGUCAGAUGAGUCACUGCUUUCUCCCUAGUGGGUGAGCGCAUGUGUGGAGUAUCCCCAGAGAACAGUAUUGGCCUAAAUACUUGACCCCCACAAUUAGGGAAUCUGGUGAUGUUAUGUUGUGGGGGGCAUUUUGAUGGCAUGGUUUGUGUCUACCUGUGCCUUUAUAGUGAAGCGACAGUGAACAUUGUUUUAAUGCUCAGCACUUCAAGCUGAAGCAGAGCCUCAGGCUCCACUAGACACUUGCCUACAUGCAGGAACUCCUUGUGUUACAUGUCUAUAUCUUUGAUAAAAUAAUAACUUUGUUGUUGUGACCAGUUCACUUCUUUGCCCUCUGUGUCUUCUUCCCACAUUCUCAUUGUUGGGUUUAAAAAAAAAAAAAAGCAAACUGGAUGCGAGGUGUAGAUGUCAGUGAGUAAAAUCCAGAAAAAUCAACUGGUCAUGAAAAGACGUCACAAUGACUAAAUGUUAUACCAUAAUUAGGAAAAAAUAAAUACUGUUUAAGAUGGCAUUUCCCUGUGUAGCAGCACACCAGUGUCAUAGUGACAGUCACUCACUGCUGUGAAUGAAGUAAAAUCAGGACUAUGGUUUUGGAUAGUGGACUGGCACAUGCAGUGUUUCAUGCAUAUAGAAUGGAAAGAAAAAAUGAUAAAUUCUAUUUAUUAAUUUUAUGGUUGUUAUUGAAAAUUAUCCCCAAACCUAUGUAACUAUUCCCAGACUAAAUUUGGUUUGUGCACAGUGUGGUGUCAAGACUGUGAACUCAUCUUUUGAUUUUCUAGACUACUUAUUGGAAAGUAUAAUUUCAUAAUGCUUUGGAUCUGAGGUAUGAUUCAUUUAGAUUGACCUAUGUCAUGUUGAAAAUGACAGCUUUACUAAAGUGCUGUUGAAAUCGACAGCUUGACCAACGUGAUGAUUUUGAUUGCCAGGAACUUUAAAAUGGAAGAACUUCGUUUCCAUUAUCCCAUGGUAAAUUAACUUCAUGUUAGUCGUGUCAGUAGUGACUAUGAUAGUAUUAAUGUCAUAUUUAUCAUAGACUUUGAACUCAGUUUUAAACUUCUUAUGGGAAAUUACAGUUUAUAUGAGAGGAAUUUGUCAGCGCUUAAUUUAAAUUGCUUCAGUACAUCUUUUACUGUUUCAUCUGUACGUAGUGUGACAGACAGUGAAGACAUCUACAUUUCUAUUUCAUAAAUUCUAGAAAAAGACUUUUCCCUCAACUUUGACACUUGUUUUGAUGUUCAGAUUUUAUGUGUGGUUAAUGUGACUGUGCAUAUUGUUGGUUUAAAACUGCACUAAACUAUAUAUUUAUAAUCUGUACAUUAUUGUUUAUAACCUAUAUAACCCCCUUCAUGUUCAUACCCCCUCAUAUUUUUUUUAACCUGUAUAUACUAUACUUACUGUACAUUGUAACAUACAUAUUUAUAUUUCUGCUAAGCACUUCUGGAUGGAUGCAAACUGCUUUUCGUUGCUUUGUACCUGCGACAUACACAAUGACAAAGUUGAAUUCUAUUCUAUUCUAUUCUAUAUUGUUGGUUUUAAAACAAAUCCAACAGUAACUAUCUUGCUUCCUUUAAUGUUGCAUAUCUGUGUGCAAACCUUCUGUUUGGGUAUAUUCACUGGAGAUCACUUGUGUUGUGUUUAAACCACCAGUAUGCUGUCUGGUACCUGUCUGUGACAGAUCACUGAUAAGCCACCUGUCUUUGGACAGUUGGAAACUCUUUUGCAUAACUUAUAUUCUUACAAGGUAAAGCUUCCAUCCCAGCAAAAACACAGCCAUAUCCUUUGUAACUGUUGUGUGACAACCAUAACUGGCCACUACUGACCAUUAAUGCGAACAUCUCCACGCUGUGUAAGUGAGGUAAAAAAUAUCUCUCCCUCAAAAUGAAGAUAGUUAUGCUAAUAAGUCUAUUAUUGAUGUGUAGUCAGUUUAAUGAGUCUUUUAGUAUUAUCAUUAGCUAGAUGUGAAAGUUGAGCAGCUCAUGUUGUAAUAUUAUCACAGCCACAUUUAGAAUUGUUAGGUUUAUUUGGUGAGCAUGACCAAAAAAGGCAGCAGAGAAAGUAACACCACUUCUGAGAGAUGCAUAAUUUUCACACAUUAAAAAUGACUUUAGUAGUGAUUAUGUGUCAUAAACCUUUUUUGCACCUCCAAUUUAAGGUGAAAAAGAGAUGAGUCAAGCAUGCAGCAGUAUAACUAGAGGUGUGAAUUAGAUGAGUCUGUCCAAUUAUUGAAUUUGCUUAUGUGAUGGAUACUAUAGAAGGGCCCAGGUUUGCAGACAAUUGCUUAAUGACAGUUUCGUGGGUGUGCCUUCAUGCUUGUGUUCUUUUAUAAGCAAUGCUGCACUAUGUGUGCAUGACAAACCUCUUUGCUUUCUCCAAGCUUUCCUAAGGGUAGAGAGAGAUUGUGCUGCUUGGCUUCAGUGAGGAUGUCUCCUGUGUUGCAUUUGCUCCUCUUGUGGAUUCUGCUAAGGGAUGCUGAGUCCCAGGGUUAUGUGGGCAAUGACCUGGAUUUUUCAGCAAACUUUGGGAACAUCUUGCAUCCUGUUACUCGUCCUGCCAACGCCAGCCGCAUUUUCUAUGGGAUCAUGUUUGAUGCUGGGAGCACGGGCACACGCAUACACAUCUACACCUUCAUACAAAAGGACCCAGAGAGGUUACCUGUUCUGGAUAAUGAAAUGUUCCAUUCGACAAAGCCUGGUUUAUCUGCCUAUGUUAACAGGCCUGAAAAUGCUGGACACUCAUUGAAACAGUUGCUAGUUGUUGCCAUGAACACAGUGCCUCGUGUAGAGUGGAAAAGAACACCAGUGGUGCUCAGGGCAACAGCAGGACUGAGAAAUCUGCCACCAGCAAAAGCUCAUGAACUUCUAGAGGAGGUUCGAGAGGUGUUGAAUGAUUCUCCAUUCUUUGUGCCUGCUGACAGCGUAAGUGUGAUGAAUGGAACAAAUGAAGGGAUCUUUGCCUGGCUGACUAUAAACUUUCUGACAGGUCAUCUUGGCCCCAACAUGAAAAGGACUGUGGGAAUUUUAGACUUGGGUGGAGGCUCAACUCAAAUCACCUUUCUUCCCAAGUCAGAAAAAACAGUUGAACAUGUUCCUGCUGAUUACAGGGCAAGAUUCAGAAUGUUUAGCACAACCCAUGUGCUGUAUACUCACAGUUACCCAAAGAAUGGAAUCAAAGAAGCUCGAAUUGCAGCUAUUGGUGCUCUGGGCUCAGAAGGUCAGGAAUGGAAGGUUUAUAAAACUGCCUGCCUGCCUAAGAACUACAUAGGAGAAUUUAGCUUUGGAGGGGUAACAUACAGAGUUGGCGGAAACCCAGAAGGUUACACUGGAUACAAGUCCUGUUACCAGGAAAUGCUGAAGGUGGUGAAAGGAGUCAUACAGCGGCCACAUGAGCUGAAAGAUAGAUCAGUUUUCUAUGCCUUUUCAUACUACUUUGAUCAUGCUGUUGAGGCAGGCCUCAUUGAUGAAAACCGAGGAGGAGCAGUGCGAACUCGUGACUUCAAGAAAAGAGCUAAAGAAGUGUGCAACAGAGUGACCAUGUUUAAACUAGAGCAUCCCUUCCUGUGUAUGGAUCUUACAUACAUCACCUGUCUUCUGAGGGAUGGUUAUGGCUUCAAGGAAAACACAGUCCUGGAGCUGACCAAGAAGGUGAAUAAUGUGGAAGCCAGCUGGGCUUUGGGGGCCACUAUCAGUUACUUCAGUUACAUCAAAAUUCUGUGAGAAAAUGAGGAGCAGCUCUUUGAGAUCCUGUCAACCUUCCCUAAUAAGGAUCAUCACUUGCAUUUACGGAACCACUUCCAUUUUAUUUACCUGAUGAAUCAGUCUUCACUUCAUGCAGUCUAAGAAACUGCUAUGUGUUUCUUUUAUUUAGGAUGCUCUUGAAAAGUAAGUCUAUGUAUGUGCCUUCAGGUGUUCUGAAAUUAACCUGUGGAGAAAUUCAAAUGCCAGAAAGCCCAUUCAGUGGAGUGACAGAGAAUUGUUCAUUGUAGAGACGACUUACUGCACAAGCGCCAAACUUAUUGUUGUUUAGGCAGCAGUUAGGAGUUACAAGGUAGAAACUAAAACUAAUUCACUCUAGUUGGCCAGUUUGAUGGAGGGCUCGGUUACAGAUGGCGUUUGUCUACUAGUGUAGCACAAAUGAUACUUGUGGCCUUUGACCCCUAAAGAGGGUCCUAUUAUAAAAAGACAUUUAUUUUCAUACUCAAUCCUACAAGACUGCCAUCUGAUACUUUUUGCAUGUCUUGUCUCUCUUCAGAGAAAUAUUGCUUGUAUUUCUGCCAGUUUGUUUUCUAGGUCUAUUCAGAAUGAAACCUUACAGUUGUUGGUUGCAUGUUUUAAACUGCCCAUAUUAAAUUUUUUUUCUUGUAUUUUACUGUUUCCUCUGAGGUUUACAUAUGACAUUUGUGUGGGUUUAGAGUUCGAAAUUUUCUAUUAUGGACUAUUUUCCAACAUCUUUAAUUGGAUUAAACAGGUUUUUACUGUUUCUGAUGUAUGUAGACAGCCUCUGGUCUGAUGGGCUGCCCUGUAUUGCUCCUUAUUCAGAAAGCACUCUGGGCUGCAGCACUCUUUAUAACUUUAGCAUGGCUGGGUUAAAUUGCUGUAGGCUGAAUAAGUGGAUAUAUGUAAAGGUGGUGUUUUUUGUUAAAUCACAUUAAAAUGUGCUGUUUUGCAGACGAGUUUCCAUAUAUGUAUUGUAUAGAUUGAGGGGUGAACAGUGUGAAUUUUUUGUAUUUACAUAAUACAUGAAAUUUGUAUUUGGUUGUCGAUGAAAUGUUUAUUUUUUUCAUUCUUGUUCUUGAAGUUCAAAUAGUUGAAUCUGUGUAAAGAAAUCAGUGUAAGAUUGUACCUAACUCAAAUUAGCAAACAUUAACAGGCCAAUGUUUCUGAUAAUCAUAUUGGAGAAAUGCAAAACUAUAGUUAAAACUUAAACAUUAUGCUUAUACAUAUUGUCUGCAGACACUGUUAAAAUGUAAACAUCACGAUCAGUCAUUCAUCAUGUCUUUUUAGGGCAGCGAGGCCAAUAACUGUAACCUACCUCUGGCCAGUUUCUUGCAGGACCCUUGACACUUUUUUAAUGAAAUUCAUAUUUGUGUGGUUGACUAAGAUGUUUACAUAAGAUGAAAUAUGCUGCAAACGAUUGUUUUAAUUCUCCAGACAGCAAUGAUCAAAUGUCCCAGACACAAAGCCCAUUUUAGUUCUACAUUUGACAACUGCUGGGGGGAAAUCUCUUUGAGCUUAUUUUUGAAAACACAGAUUAAACAAUGUGUUGCAUUAUUUAGUUGCACAAUCCAGUAUUGUAGCUUCUGUUUAAAGAAAAGCUUUGAUCAGAGCUUAGCGCCUGUCCUACACAUCAUGCUUGUCUCAAUGAAUCGGCAGCCGUAUUGCAGACUUUUUGUAGCACGUGCUGAAAAGGCAAUGCAAUGUCUGGUGAACUGUUGUCAUUUACCAACAGUUCACCUUCAUUUAGAAUAACUGCAUCUCACUUAUCUCAAGUGGGUCUGUACUUUAUGGUGGUGGCUUGUUUGGCAGGGAUUUGUAUCUGUACCUUUUGAAGAUUAUUAAAAUUGUUUUGACAAA